AUGACGAUCCGCAUCCUCGUCAACGCGGCGCUGCUGGCCAUCCCCAUCGCCGUCACUUUGGGCAUCUUGUUCGGCCUCCAAUCGCACCGAGCAGCAACCGGCCAGCCGCCUCUGUUUGCGCCUGAGCCUCCCCCGAUUCCGUCGCCCAAGCCGCCGGCACCACCAAAGAAUGGUGUCACCAAGACGAGAUACUGCCAGAAGUCGUUUGGAAUUACGCCUGAUACCGAGGGCCAGCAAUAUACCCUGAACCCCAACCAAUGGAACUGGAACCCCGGUGACCCGGGAGCGCUCUGUGUAAAUGUUACCACGUUUAACAACGGCACAUAUGCCACAAAGACCACGGCUCCCCAAUUCAUGAUUUCUUGGCAGUACCCCGCUGGACCGCAGGAUGAUCCAGUUCACGCUUUUCCCAAUAUCCAGGUCGACAGCGAUGUGUUCCCUGCGACCAUCAGCAGCAUCUCCAAGGUCGAUAUAGAUCUCGCAUGGUCCUACGGUAUUGGUAACGAGACUACCGUUGCCGCGAGUCUCGCCGAUCUCACAGCCGAUAACCUCAACACCAACGUUGCCAUCGACAUGUUCAUUGAUAGUGACAAGACGGCUGCCCAAAACCCUUCAAAGGCCAAGUACGAGCUCAUGGUUUGGUUUGCUGCCUUCGGCCCCGCUACUCAGCCCAUCGGCUUCGGCGAAGGUCCCGUUUCCACUCAGACGCUGGACGGCAACACAUUCAAACUCUAUGCUGGUAUCAACCAACAGAAGCAAAACGUCCUGACAUGGUACUCGGACACGCCGGUGGAAAAGUUCAACGGAGACAUUUCUCCCCUCAUCAACAGCCUGUUCAAGCUCACCGCUACCGCCGCCGACCUUCCAAAGUCUGGCGACUACCUAGGGUACCUGGCCCUGGGUUCCGAGGCCUUUUACGUGGACAAAACCGUCACCCUUUACGUGCCAAAACUCUCGAUAGAUAUAGAAGCGGCUGCCUCAAGUAGCACCUAA